UGGACACGACUUUGAGCAACAUGAAAGAGAAAAUCAAUAAUGCACAGUGUGCUCUCCCACUCUUUACAUGUCUCCACGUCAAACCAGAUGUCUCAGAGCUGAUGUUUGCAGACUGGGUGGAAUUCAGUCCGUAUGAGAUUGGUAUGGCAAAGUACGGCACUUUUAUGUCUCCUGAUUUGUUUGGAAGCAAAUUUUUUAUGGGGACAGUGGUGAAGAAGUACACUGAAAAUCCCUUGCAUUUCUUGAUGGGUGUCUGGGGCAGUGCGUUUUCUAUAUUAUUUAACAGAGUGCUUGGUGUCUCCAAUUCUCAAAAUAAAGGUCCCACCAUGGAAGAAGAAUUAGAAAAUAUUAGACUAAAGCACCUGGUAAGCAAUGACAGUUCAGACAGUGAAGAUGAAUCACAGCAUCCAAAAGGCACUGAAAACACCAAGGCAAAUGAAGAAUACCAGAACAGUAGCCAAGAAAGCUGGGUGCAGCGAAUGCUGAUGGCUUUGGUGGGUGACAGUGCCCUUUUCAACACCAGGGAAGGGCGUGCUGGGAAAGUGCACAACUUCAUGCUGGGAUUGAACCUCAACAGCUGUUACCCGCUCUCUCCUCUGGCAGACCUUCUCACUCAGGAGUCCGUGGAGGAUGAUGAACCAGACACAGCCGUUGCAGAUCCUGAUGAGUUUGAGAGGAUAUAUGAGCCACUAGAUGUGAAGAGCAAGAAGAUCCAUAUAGUGGACAGUGGGCUUACGUUUAACCUGCCAUACCCGCUCAUCUUGAGACCUCAAAGAGGCGUUGACCUCAUCAUCUCUUUCGAUUUUUCAGCGAGGCCAAGCGAUUCCAGUCCUCCUUUCAAAGAAAUUUUGCUUGCUGAAAAAUGGGCCAAAAUGAACAAGCUUCCUUUCCCGAAAAUAGACCCAAACGUAUUUGAUCGAGAGGGCAUGAAGGAGUGCUAUGUCUUCAAACCAAAGGAUACCUCUUCGGAGAAAGACUGUCCCACUAUAAUCCAUUUUGUUUUGGCCAACAUCAACUUCCGGAAGUACAAAGCUCCAGGCGUUCCAAGAGAAACACAGGAAGAGAAGGAUUUUGCAGACUUCGACAUUUUCGAUGAUCCGAAUACACCGUUCUCCACCUUCAACUUCCAGUAUCCCAAUGAGGCUUUCAAGAGGCUUCACGAUCUAAUGGAGUUCAACACCCUCAAUAACAUAGAUGUGAUCAAGCAAGCUAUGAUGGAAAGCAUUGAAUACAGAAAAGAGAAUCCAUCCCGCUGCUCCGUGUCUCUCAGCAGCGUUGAAGCAAGGAGGUUCUUUAACAAGAACAAUCUUAACAACAACCACACGUAGAGGAUGCGCCGUAGGUCCCGUUCCCUCAAGAAGCUGGUUCUGUCUUUACAACAGGAGUCAAAAAGACAUUCCCAGAGCGUCACUGCUCCUCAACAGGGCUGUGCGAAAUUCCCGAAAA